AUGAACGUAUCGAAUAAACUCUAUUCUCGUGGUGGUAAAAGUGGAGAAGGUUAUGUUGGUAUUAAAGAAGUUGUUAAUUUAUUGUCAUCAAUCAAUGAUCAUUAUCCUCAUUUCUAUACUGCAGAAGAACAUGCACUUCUAUUUCAAAAUGCUGAUAAUAUCCAACAACGAAUGAGAGUAAAAGUAUCUGCAGCAUAUCUUAAACAUGCACUUAAUAUACCAACAAAUGCAAAACAUCCAAAUCCAAUAUUAAAAGUUGUCAUGCCAAAAAUUGACGAAAUUAAUGAUACUGUUGGAGAAAAUGAUCCAUCUAAUCAAAAUCGUUUUUCUUUUGUGCCUGGUUUGUUACACAAAUAUGAAAUGCUUUUAGCAUAUGUUUCUAUCAAUUGUUCAUCACAUUGCAGAUAUUGUUAUAGAUUAGACUUGUUCUCCGGUAUAUCAUCUAAAGAAAAAGCAAAUAUGCUACAAGUAGCUUCCUAUAUAAAAACCUUUAAUAACCUUAUUGAUAAAGUUAAACAAGAGGACAGUUGUUGGGAUGAAAAAACUCGAGUAUGGGUUCAUAAAAAAUCAGGUGAAUCUUUAUUUCAUAUUCGUGAAAUUCUUUUUUCUGGUGGUGAUCCAAUGAAUUUACCAAAUAGUACUCUUAUACGAUAUAUGGUUUUAAUGGCUGAAGCUGGUAUAAAAACUAUACGAAUUGGUACGAAAGAAUUAGUAUUUAAUCCAGACAGAUUUGACAAAGAUUUUUGGAAUGCAUUAGAUUUAUUUCAUAAAUACUAUAAUGACAUACGUAUAGAAUUUGUAGGACAUUAUGUACAUCCAUAUGAAUUGAUAGAUCCAAAGACUAAUGCACAAGGCGAAUAUGAAUAUGAUAUUCAUGCAGAAUAUCAUGUUCGUGAUAAUAUCAAACAUGUAUUGAAUGCUAUGAAUGAACGAAGGACUUGGAUUGGACACAUCAAUCAAUUUCCUAUAAUUGCUGGAAUCAAUGAUUCUCCUGAUAUAUUACGAUUACUUAUGUAUUGGACGAAUAGAUUAUCCAUUACAAUGCAUAAUAUUUAUGCAUGUCGAGAAAUUAUUGGUCAUAAAUAUUUUCGUAAAGAAAAUACAAUUGAAGUACAGUAUAAACUAGUUGAACAAGCAAAAAUUGGUCUUUCAGGAAUAGAAAAUCAUGGUCGUCUUAUUAUGUCAACAGAAUAUGGUAAAAUGGAAGUAAUUGGAUUGGAAAAAAAUUCAGUAUUAUUAAGAAUAAACCGUUUUAUGCAUGGAAAAAAAUAUAAUAAUUCAUUGAUUAAAGUUGAUUUAAAUAGAUUAAAACCUGAACAGAAAUUUUAUUGGUUAACAAAUGAUAUUAUCCAAACAGCUUUAACUCCUGAAUCUAGAAUUCUUCUAAAUGAAGACUAUUCGUUUAUCAAAGAACUUAAAAAGAUGGCAGCAGCUCAUGUAUCAAAAACUAAAAAGACUUUUUGUAAGAUGAACGGUCAAGUAACGAUUGAAGUUAUUGGAGAGAAUAGUGUACCUAAUAAAAUUAACGUCAACUUAAAUGACUCGAAAAUGACAUUAGCAACAGUUCUUGCAGAACAUGGAAUUGUCGAAGCAGCGUGUCAAGAAAAAUUAUCAUGUUGUACAUGUGUUGGUACAGUGGAAACGAUACCAGUCGAUGUUCUUUCUCCACCAACAGAAGAUGAAAUGGAUAUAACAGAUACAGUUAUAAAAAGCUUCUCCUUAGAAGGAACACAAUUACAACAAAAAGUACGUGUAUUGAAUGAUUCGUUUGAUAAACAAUUAUCAUCAAAUAUACAAACAUUAGCAAAACAGGAAAAUACUGAUUUAUUUAUCCUAUCUAUGCGACAAGGACAAGAAAUAUUUGCAAGAUGUUAUCUUCAACAAACAAUUACAGUUCUGAUGGCUACUUCUUAA